AUUGUAAGGACUAUCUAGAACACAGGUCAAUAUAUUACACUAUUGCACACUUCUUCAACCUGUGAGAUAUUUUUGAAAAGCUGUUGUUGCAUAAUAAUCUCCAGUUAUGCACAUUUUAAUUCAAUAAAAUCUCAGGUGAUUCAUAAUAUUUCAGGUGACAAGUAAAAAUCAUUUCCCAGUAGUGACGUAACGAACUGGACAACGACGCCCGCCUUUCUCAUUCAGUCUCUCUCUCUCUCUCUCUCUCUCUCUCUCUCUCUCUCUCUCUCUCUCUCUCUGUCUCUCUCUCUCUCUCUCUCUCUCUCUCUCUCUCUCUCUCUCUCUCUCUCUUUCUCUCUCACUCUCGUCAGUUCUCUGUUUUUCGUUCAUCUGAGCUCACAGAUCGGAGGAUCGGAACAGUGUUGUGAUUAUCUGGCAGGAUCGGAUGAUGAUGGUGAUGGUGAUGAUGAGAGUUUUGUUGGCUCUGCAGCUGCUGCUCGUGACUGUCGUGAACGCGCAUGGUAAUGUCAUCAUGCGUGAUGAAGAGUGGAUGUCCAGUGUUCAUCAGUACAGCCGCAGCACCGUCAGUCACCGCUUCAGAGAUGACGAUCACAUCCGGACACUGGAAAGUCCACAGGGCUCGGAUGAAAGUGUGGACGACACUAAAGAUCCAUGUGAGAAGGUCAGGUGCAGUCGUCAUAAAGUGUGCGUGGCCCAGGGAUACCAGCGAGCGAUGUGCAUGAACCGCAAGAAACUGGAGCACAAAAUCAAACAGUCUGGAUUGAAGCUUCAUACAAGCAACUGUAAACUCUGCCCUGAGGCGUCUGCUGGACCUGUGUGUGGAUCUGAUGGACACAGUUAUGUCUCACAGUGUAAACUGGAUCAGCAGGCGUGUUUGUCAGGUAAAGGUGUUUCUGUACUGUGUUCUGGUCCGUGCCCGUGUAUCAGUGCUAAGAUUAAGACUGAAUCAGACACUUCAUCUGAACCCAAACCAGAUGCGUGCACCGGUCAGGAUUUGGCCGAUCUGGGUGACAGACUCCGAGAUUGGUUUCAAGUUCUUCAUGCAAACUCUAAACAGAUGAUUACUGUCGGUCGAGGUCUGGUGGCGGGCUGUAAGGACUCCAUCGGUUGGAUGUUCUCAAAACUGGACACCAGUAAUGAUCUGUUCCUGGAUCAGUCAGAGCUGGCCGCUAUAAACCUGGAGAAAUAUGAAGUGUGCAUUGGAGCGUUCUUUAACUCCUGUGACUCGUACAGAGAUGGACGAGUGUCCACGGCCGAGUGGUGUCUGUGUUUCUGGAGAGAAAAACCUCAAUGUUUGGCUGAAAUUGAGAGGAUUCAGAUACAUGGAGCAUCUAAGAGGAAACCAGGUAUGUAUAUCCCGAGCUGUGAUGAAGAUGGUUACUAUAGGAAACUCCAGUGUGACCACAGUCAGGGUGAAUGCUGGUGUGUGGACCCACAUGGUACUGAAGCCAUCGGGUCACGGAUCCACGGAAACCCAGAUUGUGAUGAGCUGAUGAGCUCUGGAGAUUUCAGCAGUGGUGUCGGAUGGGACGAUGAAGAGGAGAAAGAGAUAGAGGAGAAUGAAGAGGAGGAGGAGGCUGAAGAAAAUGAUGAUGGUGGAUACAUCUGGUAAAACAAUCGUCAUCAUCUUCUGAUGAAGCCUACAGCCGCACCUCUGCUUUUCUUCAAUCUGAAUCAAAUUUCAGUACUUAUAAUUUCAUGACUAGUGUCUGUAUUAGAGCUCCACAGCGCCCUCCAGUGGCCCGGAUCACUCAUCCGCUUUUAUCUGCAGGAGUUUUCCAACCAAAGGGAUGGACUAGAUUUGUCAUUUAAGCCCAAUGAUGUAGUUGCACUACGUUGAAGUCCACUGAUGUAGGUAUAAAACACAGACAGAUAUACAGAACUUUAUCAUUAACAGGGUUUUAUGUUUUAUGCAAGAUGAUUUAUGCAAAAGGACUUUCACUUCUGAAGAGCGGAUGAAAAAUGUACUCUACACGUUUUGCCUAUUGAGGUUUAUUGUCACAUGUAGCUGCAGUGUUACACAGAAAUGAUCCUACGCUAUAAAGCACGAGUAUGAAUGUGACAUUACUUUUACACAACAGCUCCAGAAACAAGAUGUAUAGCAUCUCGGAAUAGCAGCAAGCUUAAUAUGGGAAAGGCUGAUAUAUAAUAUUGAGUAAUGGACAUUUAAGGUACAAUAUGGCCAGUUAUGAUCUUUAUUUAAUGAAUUGAAUGUAGCAAACACAGAUGAGUGUUUCAAACUGUGAAACCUUUUAGAAAUUUGAUGAAAUAUCUUUAAACACUGCAUGUACAGCAGACGUAAAUGACGUGAUGAUCUCACACCUUUUUCUUUAAGAAUUCUGAAGUUCUUGAAUGUACAACUUGAUGUGUUUAACACAAAUGUGCAUUUUCUAAACAUUUGUUUCAGUUUGAGGUUGUAUUUCUAACAAAAAGUGAAAUGCUUUGAUUUGUUAUCUGAAUAGGUUUGAUUUGUUUUAGUAUUGCAUGAUAGUCCACAACAGAACUUCUGUAAAAACUUUCAGAUAUCUCAGAAUAGAUGCACAUUGUUGGCAACAUCAGCUCUUGUAGGGCAAAAUGUGUUCUCUAAAUAUGUUCAAUAAAAUAUAAACAACAUGUAAACCCUA